AUGUCAGAUCAACCGCGUCAUACAAGAAAUAAUCCAGUUUCUGAUCUAGUUAGAUUGUCCGAUCCAGAAGGUUUACUCCGCAAUCCUCGUAUAUCACGUUCAGUUACCCCGGUCGUCGUUUCGGAAGAGGCGUCGACGUCAUUAUUCCAUCGGGAGCUUGACUCCUUCUUGAAUCCUCCCACGCGUACCGGCAUCAGGACAUUACAACCUUCGCCGGCAGUGUGGUCACCUAUCGCACGACAGUUGACUCCAAAUUUUAGUUCAGAAUUAAGUGCUCCUCCGUCAGAAUAUUCGGUCAAUCUAGAUCAAUUAUCAGUACUUUCACCUACUCGACCUCACGCAAACUUGCCUCGACCUCCUAGACGAAGCUUACCGGGGGCCUUUGAUCCUAAUCUUACAAUUGGUGGUUCGGACAGUGAACUUACCAUGAACGGGCCGCCACCGACAAAUCUUAUGGAUUCUACGAGUGGACCACACUCACCACAAGAUCAGCAGACAUUUAUGCCGGGCGCCGAGAACUCAGCGGUCUCACAAAGCCAGUUUCAGGCUGAGACCGCAGCGAUGAGAGCGGAGAUAGUCACGUUGCAAAAUCUGGUCCGUCAGUUAGUACUUAGCAAACAGUCUGAUCAAGCACCGGCGAAUACUGGGCAACAAGGAUCUCAUCAAGGUCAUAAUGCCUCUUCGGAAAGUCAAGAUGGUACUAUACUCCAGCCGCACUUCACGUCGACUCCUUUAGAUAGGAACCCUUUCCGUGUACCUACUCUUCAAUCAGUUACUCAUAUUUCUUCGAAUCAAGCUCACCCUGAAAUUCACCAACAACCUGCUAGUGCGAUCGACCCUAUUCGAUUUCGCGUGUCUGAUUUCCCGGAAUACAAAGGUCGAUACGGGGAUGUCUCAGCGUACCGUAUCUGGCGACACAAGGUGGAACGUCUUUUCAUCGUCAAAGGGGUAAUGUUGGAUAGUGACCGUUUUAAUAUCUUGCCUUUAUUGUUGGGUAAUGAUCCUGCGGCGUCUUGGUGUCGACGAGCGGGGGAAUUUGUGGGCCAUUCGUGGGCAUCUGCUAUGAAGGAGUUAGAGACCGUCAUUCUACCGGUGGAUUGGCUGGACAAGAUUAAACAACAGAUCCGAGAAUUAUCAAUGAAGCCUAAUGAGUCGAUGAGCGCGUUUUGUGCUAGGGCUCGGGUCUUACAAGAAGCGGCAGGGUCCGAUGAAUGUUCUGAGGAAAGUCUUGCAUGGGCUAUUGUGGGGGGAUCUACCUCAUUAUUCCGAUCGAUCCAACAACGCGAUCAACUUGUCAAGACCAGUAUCAAUCCGGUUUCGCAACAGUUCUCUUUUGCAAUUUUUGAGCAACGCGCAUGUUCUACCUGGGAUUUUGUUAUGGAGAUAGAAGCAAAGACUCGUGCCGGAUCAAAAACUCAGAAUUCGAACACUAAUCCGUUCACUAAUACGACCUCUGCGCCUGCUCAACGGACAUCAAAUCGACAACCUUUGACGCCGGAAGAGACGGCUGCACGAAACGCACGUUUUUUCGCUUAUAUGCGUUCCGUUGGUCUGUGUCCUCGAUGCAAGACUUCGUGCAAGGACUGGCAAGGAAAUUGCACAGCCCCAUUUAAUCAAGCUUAUGUUCAGAUCCCGAACGAGUUUCCUCGACAACCACCGUACCCGCCUCCUAAAGCUAGUAAUACUCAACCUAGAAGAAAUGCUAUGGUAGAAUCAAGGCCAGCGGCUCGGCGGAUUGAUGUAGCGGCUGUCGACAACGAUCAAGUAGUUGAUGUGGCGGCGUUGGGAGAGUUCCCGGAUUUGGGUCGUGAGGAUCUUCGGGCUUAUGAGCAAUUGCUUGAACGUUUAGCGGGACCGGAGGAGGAGGAUUUGGUUGACGCCGCUGAUGGAUGUCUGAGUUAUGAGCCACUAGUUUAG